AUGGCUGACGCUGCCCCCCGUGGACGUGGAGGAUUCGGUUCGCGCGGCGACCGCGGUGGUGACCGUGGCCGUGGCCGUGGCCGCCGUGGCCGUCGCGGUCCCCGACAGGAGGAGAAGGAGUGGCAGCCCGUCACCAAGCUCGGCCGCCUCGUCAAGGCCGGCAAGAUCACCAGCAUGGAGCAGAUCUACCUGCACUCGCUGCCCAUCAAGGAGUUCCAGAUCGUCGACUUCUUCCUGCCCAAGCUCAAGGACGAGGUCAUGAAGAUCAAGCCCGUCCAGAAGCAGACCCGUGCCGGUCAGCGCACCCGCUUCAAGGCUAUCGUCCUCAUCGGUGACUCCGAGGGCCACAUCGGUCUUGGUAUCAAGACCUCCAAGGAAGUCGCUACCGCUAUCCGUGCCGCCAUCACCAUCGCCAAGCUGGCUGUGCUUCCCGUCCGGAGAGGUUACUGGGGUACCAACCUCGGUGAGCCUCACUCGCUGCCCGUCAAGCAGUCCGGCAAGUGCGGUUCCGUCUCGGUUCGCCUCAUCCCCGCCCCCCGCGGUACCGGUCUCGUUGCCUCCCCCGCCGUCAAGCGUCUCCUCCAGCUGGCCGGUAUCGAGGACGCUUACACCUCGUCCUCCGGCUCCACCAAGACCCUCGAGAACACCCUCAAGGCCACCUUCGUUGCCGUCGUCAACAGCUACGGCUUCCUCACCCCCAACCUCUGGAAGGAGACCAAGCUCAUCCGGAGCCCUCUGGAGGAGUUUGGCGAUGUCCUGCGUCAGGGCAAGAAGUACUAG